AAAAAAAAGAAAAAAACCAAAAACCUAACUGUGCGAUCAUCUGAGACUGUGAUCAAUCAUCAAUGGCGAUACCGGAUCUUCCUAAAGAUUUGGUGGAAGAUGAGAUCCUCUGUCGCGUUCCGGCCACAUCCCUGAAACGGUUACGAUCUACUUGCAAACGAUGGAACCGUUUGUUCAAGGAUGAUAGGAGAUUCGCGAGUGAGCACUGCGAGAAAGCCGCGAAGGAGUUUCUCUUUCUUAUCUUGACAGAGAAGAUGAGGAUUUGUACCGUGAGCAAAAUCAAUCUUCCCCAACAUGGAGAUGAUGCUCUUCCUCCUCCUUCUCCAUCUGUAGAGGUAGGAAGAGAGCUUAGCCUCCCAGAUCCGUAUUAUAACAAUUCAGAACAGUUCGAUAUAGAUGAAGCCUUUCCCUGCGAUGGCUUAUUGUUAUGCACCCACGAUGGCCACCCCGGCCGCGGAUCUCAAAUAGUGGUUUGGAACCCGUUGAAUGGUCAAACCAGGUGGAUCGAAACCGGAAAUCGUUGCAGGAGAGGCGGCCUCUUUGUUCUCGGAUACUGCUGCAUCGGUAAGAGAAGAAGAAGAAGAAGAAGAAGAAGCUACAAAGUUUUGUCCUGGGGUUAUUCUUUCAAGAAUGCAGAAAUCUACGAGCUUAACUCUGAUGUUGUUGAUUCGUGGAGGAGGAUUCCUGAUGAUGAUCUCGAUCCACCAGGCUGGUGCAUUCGGAUCCAUAACGACUCUUCUGUGUCUUUCAAGGGAAAUACUUACUUUUUCGCUUGCGAGGAAUCAAAACCGCAUCUUGGCUGGUCCUUGUUCAGAUUCGAUUUCUCAACUGAGAAAUCAUCUCUAUUUGUGCCUCUUUCCUCUCAGUGUCCACUGCCUGAAGUUAUGAGGCUUUCUGUUGCUGUAGGCGGAGAGAAACUUUCUGUGUUAUUACAGCCCGAUUGUACAUCCAAGGCUGAGAUAUGGGUGACGAGUAAGAUUGAUGACUCCACCACCACCAAAGCGGUGUCCUGGAACAAGGUCUUAGCAUUGGAUUUGAGCCGUGAUCUUCAAAUUAAUGAUUUGGUAAGGUUUGUGUUUGACGAGGAUAAGAAAGUCGCCGUGUGUUGUCAGAAAUGGGUGCAUGCCGACGGAAUCCACUGCAACGACAAAGUAUACUUUCUCGGGGAGGAUAAUAAAGUCAGUGAAUUUGGUUUUGGUCUCAAGGUCGACGACUUAGGAAUGUCAGAUAUUUGGCCAGUUAUUCAUAAUUACGUUCCCAGUUUGGUUCAUAUCGAGCUACCUGUUGGAGGUAAAAGAAAACGAGGAAGUAGCUGAUAACAGCUGUGUGUACAAAAACGAGGUUCCUCAUCACUCUGUAAGUGAAACGAACUCAGAUCCUAACGGAUGUGGCUUCUGAGUUCUGACCCUACUCUUUUCAGAACCAAGGCUGUGCGUUGUGCCAAGUGUCAGCAUAGGGAGGUCGUCUUCUUCCAUAUCUUAUCUCGAUAACUAUUGGUUAUGCUACAAGGAAUUAACAUAGCUAUAAUUGAAUGCGAGGCGAAGAAGGAAUGACAAUUGUUCUUUGUCUGAUGUAACCCGAAUUGUGGUCAUCGCUGGAGAUAAAUGUAUAGAUAGCAUUUCUAGUUUCAAUUGUUCAAUCAUCCACUUAUGUUUUGAUGAGUUUAUGUGAGUUUAGGAUCAUAUUUAUGUUAAAAGUAGUUACCAGUAAGUGUAAGAUGUGGAAUGAUGGGAAACAACCUUCUGCCCCUGUUAGAGACAAAUCCGUAUUAGGAGAUAGUAUC